AUGAGUAGUAAAUUUGCUAACAAAAUCGAUGUUUUGGCCGGUAGGACAUCCUCCUCUGGUAUGAGAGGCAAAAAAUUGCGUUUCUUCAUCACCGUUACUGCCACCAUUGGUUUCUCCCUUUUCGGUUACGAUCAAGGUCUUAUGUCUGGUUUGCUUAAUGGUGACCAAUUCAAAAAAGAAUUUCCACCAGCUGAUGGAGAUUCCACCAUUCAAGGUGCCAUUACCGCCUGUUAUGAAUUGGGUUGUUUCUUUGGUGCCAUUUUUGCUUUGUUUAGAGGUGAUUAUUUCGGUAGAAAACCCCUUAUGCUUGCUGGUUCAUUGAUUAUUAUUAUUGGUACCGUUAUUUCGACGGCCGCUAUUAGACCAUACUGGCAAACGGGUCAAUUUGUUAUUGGUAGAGUUGUUACUGGUGUUGGUAAUGGUUUGAAUACGGCAACUAUCCCUGUUUGGCAAUCAGAAAUGUCGAGGGCUGAAAACAGAGGUAGAUUGGUCAAUAUUGAAGGUGCUGUUGUCGCCAUUGGUACUUGUAUUGCGUACUGGAUCGAUUUCGGAUUCUCAUACAUCAACAGUUCAGUCCAAUGGAGAUUCCCCACCGCUUUCCAAAUUGUGUUUGCUGGUUUGUUCUUUUUUGGUCUUCUCAACUUGCCUGAAUCUCCACGUUGGUUGAUUGCUCAUCAUCGUAGAGCUGAAGCUCAUGAAGUUUUGGGUUACCUUAAUGAUUUGCCACCAGAUGACGAUGCUAUUAUUGCUGAAGGUACGACAAUUAUUGAUGCGGUUAACAGAUUUGCUGAUGCGCAAACUGGAUUCAAGGAUUUGCUUACUGGUGGAAAGACACAACAUUUUCAAAGAAUGGUUAUUGGUUCUUCAUCGCAAUUUUUCCAACAAUUUACUGGAUGUAAUGCUGCUAUUUAUUACUCAACCUUGUUGUUUUACCAAACCGUUUUCGACUACAGUAAAUACAGAUUGUCGUUGAUUUUGGGUGGUGUUUUUGCCACAAUUUACGCCUUGGCUACCAUCCCUUCAUUCUUUUUGAUUGAUACGGUUGGUAGAAGAAAAUUGUUUUUAAUUGGUGCCAUUGGACAAGGUUGUUCCAUGAUUAUUUCAUUUGGUUGUUUAGUCAAACCAACUUCUGAAAACGCUAAAGGUGCCGCUGUGGGUAUUUACUUGUUUAUCGUGUUUUUCGCCUUCACCAUCUUGCCAUUGCCAUGGAUCUACCCACCAGAAAUCAAUCCAUUAAGAACAAGAACUACCGCUUCUGCCGUCUCCACCUGUACCAAUUGGUUGUGUAACUUUGCCGUUGUUAUGUUUACUCCCAAAUUUAUUGAAAGAUCCAACUGGGGUUGCUACUUGUUCUUUGCCUGUUUCAACUUCCUUUUCGUGCCAGUCAUUUUCUUUUUCUACCCAGAAACUGCCGGUAGAUCAUUGGAAGAAAUUGAUAUCAUCUUUGCCAAGGCUCACGUUGAAGGAAGACAACCAUGGAGAGUCGCUGCCACCUUGCCUAAAUUGUCAUUGCAAGAAAUCGAAGCCGAAGGUAACAGCUUGGGAUUGUACGAUGGCGAUUUCGAAAAGGACAACUUUGAAACCAAGGAAGAUAUUAGUGAUUCAACUAGUGGUAAUGGAAACGGUGCUAAUGGUGGUGGUAUGUUUGAAAAGAAUUCAAAUGAAGAAGACAAUACUGCUGCUGGUUCCGAACAAGCUUCAAACAAAGUUUAA